AUGAAGAAGACCAUCCGCAUCCCAGGGAAGCACCAAAGAGCAAAGACAUAUCUCGAACGUCAGAACGAAGUACCACUGUGGCAGAGACUCUCUCCAUGGCACAGAAGAAUGAGCGUCAAGACGCUCGAGUGCGACGAAAACGGCCACCGAAUUGUGGCUUGGAUGAAGGGGCAGGGUGACAACAAGAACGGCAAAGCUAUGACACUGAGAUCAACCGAGGCUAUGUGCUCUACUCUGCCGCCAUCACCUUUGCGCCGAAAUUUCAGUUUUGUAGGAAUGCCAUCUACACCAUCCAAAGAACUUCAACGCCGCCCUUCAAGCACGACACCCGUCAUGGCGGAAAUGCCAGAUACUGCAAUAUUUGAGAUGAUGGACACUUCACCUCGAGUAGAACUAGAAGAUACAGGUAUAGGAUCCGAAACGCUUGGCAAUCCCGUCAAUCCCUACGGGAUUGCUGGUUGGGGCUCAAUUGGACUCUCCAGCGCUGUGAACAACUCUCGCGCCGCCUAUCAAGUAUCGGAAUUCUCUUCCUCAUUUCCGGCCGUAGCCAACUCCCAUACUGCCUAUCAAGUAUCAGAGAUAUCUGACUCCCUUGCGGCGGAAGCUCCACCCCCGCGCUCUCCAUUAGUGGAAACUCACCACCAACCGGCCCCUCAGGUCUCUCGUCAUGUGCUCUUUAAUAUCGUUGAAAAGGAUGAGACUAAGCAAAGUGGACUAUCGAUACCGAUACCCGAGCCAAAUCCAGUACUACUUCGGCAGAAAGGACCAUGCCUUUACCCUCCUCCACACAAUAUAUUCAUACGUCGAAGAGCCCGGGUUUACUCACCUUCAAGGUCACUGAACAGUGGUACGGUGUCACGAUCUGAUUCCCUGACAUGGCAAGUCAAGGAGACGUCAUCAGCCCAGAAAAAAGAAGAUAGACCGCGCAGCCCAAACCAUGUCCUCGGGUACAAGCCGUGGCAUGCCGCGCAGAAUGUGGAUAUCGAAGAGAAACAACGUCCACAAGGGGACUCGAUGGCUUUAUGGAGUAGUUUGCGUCCUUCAAGCCAGACUACACGGAAAUUGCAAAAGCUCAAGCGUGUACAGAGCCGCCAAAAGCCAGGUUGUAUCAGUAACAUCGGGGCUAGGCUAAAAUCAGUCGUCCAUAAAAACGACAGUGAAUUUGGCGGUCCCGUGGCGAACAGAGUGCACCGACAUGGACUGGUAUACGAGUACUUGGGCCCAACGGCAGUCACGGGACCGUACACUGAGCAGGAUGAGCCGCCUCAAUCUCCACAUCAGUCGGCAGGAGGGGUCCCUAUGCUUCCUGAUAUACCGGAGAAUAUCAGAAUGCCUGUUGAACUGGAUUCCCAGCAAACAAGGGCAAUUCCAGACGCUUGA